CGGGGGAGCUGUGUACGUGUAGCCGCUCUACCGCUGCAGUCGCUCGGACCACAGCGCGGAUCGCACGGGCUGCUUGUCCGGAGGGGCGCGUCGGAAUAAAUAAAAAAAUGGUGAAACCUACGACCGUGAAGACCAAGCCGUACGCGGACCAGAAGCCCGGGACGAGCGGGCUGAGGAAGCGGGUGACGGUGUUCCAGCAGAACCAGCACUAUGCGGAAAACUUCAUCCAGAGCAUAAUCUCCGUCAUCGAGCCAGCCGAGCGGCAGGCGGCCACUCUGGUGGUGGGGGGAGACGGGAGGUUUUUCAUGAAGGACGCCAUUCAGCUCAUCGUCCAGAUCGCUGCGGCCAACGGGAUUAAUCACCUUGUGAUUGGUCAGAAUGGCAUAAUGUCCACCCCAGCCGUCUCCUGCGUGAUCCGCAAGCUAAAAGCAGUGGGUGGCAUCAUCCUCACCGCCAGCCACAACCCAGGAGGCCCCAGUGGAGACUUUGGCAUUAAGUACAAUAUUUCCAGUGGAGGACCUGCUCCCGAAGGCAUCACAAAUAAAAUUUAUGAGAUCAGCAAAGGCCUGCAGGAGUACCACAUCUGCCCAGAGCUGAAGGUGGAUCUGGCCACCAUAGGGAAGCAGACCUUUGAAGUGGACACUUUUAAACCCUUCAUAGUGGAGAUUGUGGACUCAGUGGAAGCCUACGCGGAGAUGCUAAGGGACAUCUUUGAUUUCGCUGCCCUGAAGGACCUCCUCUCCGGCGCCAACCACAUUAAUGUGCGGCUGGAUGCGAUGCACGGAGUGGUGGGUCCCUACAUUAAGAAGAUAGUCUGUGAGGAGCUGGGUUCCCCCGCAAACUCGGCGGUCAACUGCGUCCCCCAGGAGGACUUUGGCGGUCACCACCCCGACCCCAACCUGACCUACGCCGCUGACCUGGUCAACACCAUGAAGAGCGGAGAGUAUGACUUCGGAGCCGCCUUUGAUGGUGACGGUGACCGCAACAUGGUGCUGGGUAAACAUGGCUUCUUCGUGAACCCUUCCGACUCCGUGGCUGUCAUUGGUGCCAACAUCACCUGCAUCCCGUACUUCAAAAAGACCGGCGUCAAGGGCCUGGCCCGCAGCAUGCCCACCAGCGGAGCCUUGGACAACGUGGCCAAGGCUCUGAAGAUGCAGCUGUAUGAGACUCCGACGGGCUGGAAGUUCUUCGGCAACCUGAUGGACGCCGGUAAACUCUCGCUGUGCGGAGAGGAGAGCUUCGGCACCGGUUCCGAUCACAUCCGUGAGAAGGAUGGCCUGUGGGCCGUGCUCGCCUGGCUGUCGAUCCUGGCCUCCAGGAAGCAGAGCGUGGAAGAGAUCAUGAAGGAUCACUGGCAGAAGUUUGGCAGGAACUUUUUCACAAGGUACGACUACGAGGAGGUCGACUCAGAUUCCGCGAACAAGAUGAUGAAGGAUCUGGAGGCGCAGAUGUCCGAGCCGUCCUUCGUCGGAAAGCAGUUCUCAUCGGGCGACAAGACGUACGUGGUGGCUGUGGCUGACAACUUUGCCUACACGGACCCCGUGGAUGGGAGCGUGUCCAAAAACCAGGGCCUCCGGAUCAUCUUCUCUGACGGCUCCAGGAUCAUUUUCCGUCUCAGCGGCACCGGCAGCGCGGGAGCGACCGUCCGGCUCUACAUAGACAGCUACGAGAACGACGGCCAGAAGAUCCUGCAGGAUCCCCAGGUGAUGCUGGCCCCUCUGGUGGACAUCGCCCUAAAGCUCUCCCAGCUCCAUGAAAGGACGGGACGCACCGGCCCCACCGUGAUCACAUGAUUCAGCAACACGAUACCUCAACCCUCUUUACGGGGGGGUUAAGCUGCCCCUGAAUGCUGUCAUGGCCUUCGUAAAGCUAGAGUUAGAUUAGAAAAAGGGAAACACGGGAUGAAAAGAGGAAAGUGCACAAGGAGCUCUAUGAUUUAGUCACUGCCUUCUUUUUGUGCUAAACCACAGUGAUGGUUAUGACGUCUGAGCGGUACAGUUAGCUGUCCUAACCUGCCUGACGUAGAGACGCUGUUAGACGUUCAGAUUUGCAGGAGCAGCCUGGAGGUCUAGUGCAUCUUUCUCACCCCGGUAGCAUAUGUUCUCACUUGAGCUUUCAUUUAAAAAAGAAAAAAAUAAAUAAAUGAAAAUAAGCGCUCUAGAGCUCGUCUUGUGUCAUUUCUGGAAACAAGUUUUAUUCCAGGAAAUGAUUGUGCCGCACAUCAACUUAACAUAAAGCAGACGGCACUACACUGAGCAUAAAUCGGCUAUUCAGGGCAGCUGUACCCCUUUGUGAUCACUUUCUCCUGUCAGGAUGUUGGGUCUUCCUUCUUUUUUUUUUUUUUCUGUCUUCGUCCAAGCCACCGACGUCGCCGUUAAACCUGAGCCCCAGCUGUGGUAUCAAGAAUCAGUCAACCAACUAUGAAUUAAAGAGCCUUGUGGAAAAGAA